AUGCAAUCCUUGAGCCUCGCAGUGCUGGCGUCAGCUGCUGCAGAGGCACCACCGGGUGCGGUACCUUCUUUGGGGACCGAGUCCUGGUAUGCUGACUACGAGCUCAGAUUCCGUCCUGAAGAUGUUGGUGCUGAGCCAGUGCCAUGGCGGAUCUCAGCAUGGCAGUUCCAGGAAAACAUCCUUGACUUUCACCGAGCAGGCCGCCCACCGCUCAAUGCAGCCCACUUCCUGGUUAUGACGCUCCCGGACGAGACCCAGCAGCAGAUAUUGCAGGAAUGCCCUGGGCUUCUUUGGACGGCGACGCUGCUCGUGGCUGAGGCACGCCUCUCCGCCGGAGCUUGCUUGGAGGCGGACAGUUUGGUGCAGCGACUGCAGGGAUGGAUGUCUCAGUCCGACGAGCCUUCCUGGUCCUCGUCGGAGGCGAUGUGGACGUCGCAAAUCGCUCACCUGGCUCCUGGCUGGGGCUUGGAGGCUUCGGCUCAUCGCUUCCGAGAAGCCCGGCAUCUCUGCCCCGACCAAACGGCGAACCCAAGAGCGGUUCUUCGGAGGUGUGAGGCUGCAAAGCUGGAUGUUGUCGUCGCGUUCUGCAGAGAGGACCUUAGCUGGCUCGUGGACUUUGCGGACGCAAGGCUGUGGCUUUACUCAAAGUGCCCAGAGCCGGAUCUGACGGGACUGGAAAAGCUGGGACUACCAUGCGUGACUUUGGAGCAGCUUCCGAAUCUGGGCAUGGAGUCCUUGGCAUAUGCUGCGCAUUUGGAACGGCGACACGGGGGCUAUGCUGACUACACGAUGUUUCUUCAAGGAGAGCCUUUUCAACACGCGCCCCGACCACUCCUUGGAGACAUUCUCGCCGCCAUACAUGCUGGCAUCUACAAUGUGCCGUUCCUCCACUUGAAUGUGCGCCGCUUCCUCGCUGGGAGCAGCUUGUGUUUGAGGGACCUGUACAUGCGCCUCUUCGAAUCUGAAGUUCCCGAGGUCUUUGGUUCUUACUGCUGCAGCCAGUUCGUUGUCCGCUCUGAUCGCCUACAUCGGAGCCGAACUUUCUACCAGCGGAUAAACAGUAUCCUGUUGGGUGAGAUGCCUCUCGCUUGCGCACAGGAUGUCAAGUAUGAUCCUCGGCCAGGGAUAGCCAUAUCUGCCCUGUUUGAGCACUUGUGGCAUGUUAUCUUUGGUGAACCGGCAGUUCUGUCUGUUCGACGCAGCAAUCGCGAGCUUCCACUCUUCGCCCAGCUGGAUGUGGGCGAAGGGGAGCUUCCAGACUUCUUCGCCUGA